AGUGCGUGAGUGCGGUGAGCGCACGCAAUCUCCUCUCUUUUUACCAUACUUCUGAACUUCUAUUUCACAUUACUACAUCUUUUGGUAUUAAAGUAUUUGAGAAUAUAGUUAGUAACUACUAUAAGACAUAGUAUUGACAUGUACGAGCUGCCGUUAUAGAUAUACAAGACACGUGGUAACAAUGAGCUCCACAACCUCGCCCAAGGCCUCUCUCGCCAAACUAGUCCUUUACCCGAAGCCGAAACCUUUCAAAGUGAUGGUGCUGGGACAAUCUGGAGUUGGUAAAUCCGCUUUGGUAGUGAGGUUCAUAACAAGACGUUUCAUCGGAGACUAUGAUCCCAAUUUAGAAAAAACUUACUCAUUUCACACUGUAAUAGACAACGAGAUGGUUUAUUUCGAGAUAUUAGAUUCUGCCGGAGAUUCUAAUCAAAGUGAAUACGCUAAUUUGGAAAGUAACAUUAGAUGGGCCGAGGCCUUCAUCCUGAUGUAUUCUGUCACCGACAAAUGUUCAUUCGACGAAUGUCAUCGUCUCAAGUUUCUUAUAAAUUACAAUAAACGCAGGCGGCGACUCUCUUCCUCUAUGAAAGAUAGUCUACCAGAGACGCCUGUGGUGCUUGUAGGUAAUAAAGCGGAUCAAGUUGGUGAUAGAAUGGUCUCCACAGAAGAAGGUCAAAGGCGAAGCAAAGAAAUCGGCUGUGUUUGUUUUUAUGAAAUUUCAGUAAGAGAAAGUAUUGACCAGGUGUGGGGUGUAUUCAGUGAUGCGCGUCGGUUUUGGCGCGUAACUAACAAAUGGUCCCGGGGUCGAGAGAGUCGCGACGUGGUCGGCCCCGACCGCCAGACACAGGCAGCCUUGGGCCGUGUGCUAGCUCGCACCAUCUCUGACACUACUGACACUGCAGUCAUUACGACACCAGUCACUCCUUUUUGUAAUCGCUGGACAGAAGUAGACCUUGAAGAAGAAGAAGAAAUCGGUGUGACUAGAAGUGACUCAACAUCAUCAUCCGGUAAAUCUGAGGAUACGGAGGAGUUUAGAGCGCGGGCCAGCACAGACUCCCGUUUGCCCCCAAGACCGACAAGAACAAGACAUCCACAUGUUAGUCGACCACUCCCACCGCCCGCUAGGCGAAUGAGUAUGGCUAUGAGAGGAAACAAUGGUAGCACCUACUGAUUACCUGGAGUGUAAAAUACUGGAAAUUAUUCUUCUAUAUUUGUUUUUCAUACAUAUCGGCGUUUCCCAAUAACACCCAUAGGCGAUCGUUUGCUUUUUGUAGUCGGAAAGAGCUAUUGUUCUUAUAUUAGUCUUUUAUAAGUUUUGGCAAACCACGCAAGCCAGAGGGUUUAGUAAUUGUGAAUUCUUGGAUAACUUUCUUACUUUUACAGGAAAUUUAUGGCCAUUCGAUAUAUUUAUAUUCAUCAUUUUGGGAUAACUUUUUAUCGGAACAAUAAAUGUCAUUUUUGUUAUUAACCUCCACAUAAUGGAAACGAUUACCAACCAACUUUGGUAUCUAACAACAUCAAUCGUUCAGUUUUAGCACCGUGAGCACAAGGCCAAUCGGGCACCCAUCACAAUCAGGAGUUUUUAUAUUAUUUAUAUUUUUCUUAUAUAAACUCAAAUAAUAAUAGAAAUCAAUUCAGUAGUUGAAGACUACGACUUCGCCAUUACUGAAUCGAUUUUGAUAAUUGAUAAACAUCCUAUUUCCUCCUUAAUUUAGAAUAAAAUUGCAAUAUAUUAGAUUUAUAUAUUCCAAAAACUAAUAUUGCAAUUAAAAACUAUUG